AUGAAUGCACGCCGGGCCCUGCUCUCCGCCGCCUUGCUCGCCAGCCUCCUCUGGGAUUUACCUUGCUGCCUCCCGGCUUCCCUCCCUACCUCCUCGGAGCUCGCCGCCUCCUCCAAAGGUGGUCGCAGCCGCAGGGUGCCGCGGUCCCCACGGGAAAACCGCCCGCGGCAAGGGGGACACGCCAUGGACCGGGCGCUCCCGCGGGCGGAACCCCACGAGUACAUGCUGUCUCUGUUCAGGACUUACUCUAUCGCGGAGAAACUGGGCAUCAACGCCAGCUUUUUUCAGUCGUCCAAAUCCGCCAACACCAUCACUAGUUUUGUAGACAGGGGACGAGACGAUCUCUCGCCCGCUCCCUUGAGGCGGCAGCAGUAUGUGUUUGAUGUGUCGACCCUCUCGGAGACGGAGGAGCUCGUGGGGGCCGAGCUGCGCCUGUUCCGCCGCCCCCCCCAGGGCCGCCCGCCGCCCGCCGCCCCGCUGCACGUGCAGCUCUCCGCCUGCCUCUCGCCGCGACCGCUGGACUCCCGCGCCCUGGACCCGCGGGCGGCCUCGUCCGCCGGCUGGGAAGUGUUCGACGUGAGGCAGGGCCUGCGGGAGCAGCGGCCCUGGAAGCGGCUGUGCCUGGAGCUGCGGGCCUCGGCGGACCGAGGGCCGCGGCGCUGGGUCGACCUGCGGGCCCUGGGCUUCGCGCGCCGGCCGCGGCCGCCGCAGGAGCGGGCGCUGCUGGUGGUCUUCACCCGCGCCCGGCGGCGGAGCCUCCUCGGGGAGCUGCGCGCCGAGCUGGGCGCACCCCCGCCGCCCGCUGCCCGCCGCCCGCCGGCCCGGCGCCAGCGCCGCACCGCCUUCGCCAGCCGGCACGGCAAGCGGCACGGCAAGAAGUCCCGGCUGCGCUGCAGCAAGAAGCCGCUGCACGUCAACUUCAAGGAGCUGGGCUGGGACGACUGGAUCAUCGCCCCGCUGGAAUACGAGGCCCACCACUGCGAGGGCGUCUGCGACUUCCCGCUGCGCUCCCACCUGGAGCCCACAAACCACGCCAUCAUCCAGACCCUUAUGAACUCCAUGGACCCCGGCUCCACGCCGCCCAGCUGCUGCGUCCCCACCAAACUGACCCCCAUCAGCAUCCUCUACAUCGACGCGGGCAACAACGUGGUGUACAAGCAGUACGAGGACAUGGUGGUGGAGUCCUGCGGCUGCAGGUAG